AUGCUUCCAACGCCAGAUACAUCCCACGUGCCGUACUCGCGCGUGUACGAACCGGCCGAAGACUCCUUCCUCCUCCUGGACACGCUCUCUUCCCCUUCGGAAACGGCCUUUCUCCAAACGGCCUUCCCGUCGUCGUCGCCCGCGCCGCUGGUCCUCGAGAUUGGCACCGGCUCCGGCAUCGUCGUCGCCUUUCUCAACGCCCACGCGCGCACGCUCUUCGGCCACCGCCACCUGCUCGCCUGCGGCGUCGACAUGAAUGCCUUUGCCUGUCGGGCCACUGUGCAGACCGUCCUCACGGCGGCGGCUGCCCACGCCGACUCGCACGGCAUGUACCUGGGCUCGUGGACGGGGGACCUCGCGAGCGCGCUGCGGCCGCACGAGGUGGAUGUGCUGGUGUUUAACCCGCCGUAUGUGCCGACGCCGGAGAUGCCCGUGCGGCCGGGGACGUUUGCGGACGACGACGGCGGGGAGCCGAGCUGGGACGACGAGAGCUACUUGCUGAGCCUGUCGUACGCGGGGGGCAGGGACGGCAUGGAGACGACGGAGAGGCUGGUUGGGAUGCUGCCGGGGGUCUUGUCGGCGAGGGGGUGCGCGUACUUGUUGCUGUGUAGGCAGAACCGGCCCGAGGAGGUGGCGAGGAGGAUUGGCGAGCUCGAGGGGUCCUGGAGGGUUGAGGUUGUUGGGAGCAGUGGCAAGACGGCGGGGUGGGAGAAGCUGUGUGUUUUGAGGAUAUGGAGAGGCUGA